AAACCAUAAAUUCAUUGCUGAGUUUUGGUCUUUUCCCACUGAUUCAGCUAUGGAAGACGACAGUACCAGUGGUAACCCAAUCGCUGCAUCGUCCUCUGGGUUCACGUCGACCAUUAGAACCUUUUGUUUUCAUCUCUUCAUUUUCUUUAAUGGGUCUACUGAUCAAGAAACAAUACCACCAUCGACAGAGUCUUCUAUACCUCCAUCUCCAGCUAUGCAUCUUGAGAUGGAAGCCAAAAUGUAUCCAGAGUCUUGCUCAGUGUCAUUACCAUUGCCGCCAUCAAUCCCACCACUCCAAGAGGCAGCACCGCCAUGUCCUGACAGAUCAGAAACAACCACGCCGAAGUUGACGAAGAAGUCAAGCUCAAAAGUGUUGUCUCUGGGCAUUCCUUCUGAUCCUAAAGAUUUCCACCCAGUUUUCAUACUCCUACGUGAAGAGCAACUGGGAAGGCAUAUUCUAGUUCUUGCAAUACCAAUGAUUGUUGGCCUCUUCUCUUGCUAUAAGAGGAUGAAAGAUAUCCCCUUGAUUCUACGCUUCACUGCACUCUCUCUAUCAGUUGGGGUAACCUCGAUUUGGAAUGGGAUUCUGCUGCGUCGAACAUUCAACGGAUUCUCCCUAGUGUUAGAGCUAUUAGGAGUUGCUGCCAUGCUUUCUGCCUUCUUCAUUUUUGUUGGAUUGUUUCUACCCUUAACUAUACCGGUGGUGUGUUGGGUUUUAUGUGUUCUGCCGUUCGCUAUAGCUUUCUGUUCAGAAGAAGCUUCAGAGAUCGACAAGGACAGUGAUUGUUGUCUAGCAUUAUGAUUAAAGGCGCCUGGGCCUGGGUACUAUUCAUAAGAACCCUGAUACUUAUCUUUUUGUAAGUAGUUAAGGGAUAAUUUGCUUCUGUUCUGUAUAUUUCAUUCUCUAUCCGUAUGUUAUUAUAAAUAAAAUCUGCAAUGAUAU